GAGCGGGCGGGACCGGAGCGGGGCUGGGGCUGCGCGGCGCCGCUGCCUCGCUGCGCUUCCCUCCGGCUGCUGCUGCGGGGCCGGGCCCGCUGCGCCGAGCGGUUCCCCACAUUCCCACCGGACUCUGCCAUGGGCCCUCCCCAGCUCAGCCUCAGCAUGCUGGUAUAGCAGCAGCUGGCUGCCAUCCAGAGGAGCUGUGGUGGGACAUCCCUUCCACUGGGGCAUCCUCCCUCUCCCCUGUGUGGGCAGAAGCCAUGGAUGCCCACGUGGACCUGCUGACCGAGCUGCAGCUGCUGGACAAGGUGCCCACGCUGGAGAGGCUGCGGGCAGCCCAGAAACGGAGGGCUCAGCAGCUGAAGAAAUGGGCCCAGUAUGAGAAGGAGAUGCAGCACAAGAAGAGGAAGCAUGAAAAGAAGAGAAAUGCUGUGAACAGGAAGAAAGUGUCUUUUGAAGCCAGCGUUGCUCUGCUGGAGGCUUCUCUGAGGAAUGACGUGGAGGAAGUGUGUUACCUGCUGAAGAGCAACAUCAGCCCAGACCUGUGCAACGAGGAUGGACUGACUGCGCUGCACCAGUGCUGCAUAGACAACUAUGAGGACAUAGUCAAGCUCCUCCUCAGCCAUGGGGCCAAUGUCAAUGCCAAGGACAAUGAGCUCUGGACUCCUCUGCAUGCAGCAGCCACGUGUGGUCACAUCAACCUGGUGAAGAUCCUCAUCCAGCAUGGAGCAGACCUGUUGGCAGUCAAUGCAGAUGGCAACAUGCCAUAUGACCUCUGUGAAGAUGAGCCAACCCUGGAUGUCAUUGAGACUUGCAUGGCCUAUCAGGGGAUUACCCAGGAGAGGAUCAAUGAGAUGCGAGCUGCUCCAGAGCAGGUCAUGAUCUGUGACAUUCAUGACAUACUUGCCACUGGACAAGACCUGAACAGGACUGAUGCCCAAGGUGCUACACUGCUGCAUAUAGCUGCAGCCAAUGGUUAUCUGCAUGCAGCUGAAGUGCUUCUUGACCAGGGGGCAAGCCUGGAUGUUAAGGACUGGGAUGGCUGGGAACCUCUGCAUGCUGCUGCUUUCUGGGGACAGAUGCAGAUGGCUGAAUUGCUUGUGUCCCAUGGGGCUAGUUUGAGUGCCAGGACAUCUUUGGAUGAGAUGCCAAUAGAUCUGUGUGAAGAGGAGGAAUUCAAAGUGCUGCUUCUGGAGCUGAAACACAAACACGAUGUGAUCAUGAAGUCUCAGAUGAGGCACAAAUCGUCGCUGAGCCGCAGGACCUCCAGCACGGGCAGCCGGGGGAAGGUGGUGAGGAGGGCCAGCCUUUCGGACCGGACAAACCUGUACAGGAAGGAGUGCGAGAAGGAGGCCAUGGUGUGGCAGCAGCUGGGGGCAGCAGAAGAAGGGAGAAACUCGGGUCUCAUUGGAGAAAUUGGGGAGACUCGGUCUGACCAGGAGAAUACAGACCCUAAUUCAGUGCUGGAGAACUCCUCCCUGCUCCCGGAGCUCGCGAACAAAAGCACGCAGUGCGACACCGAGGUGCCGCUGCAGAACGGACUGAUGGCCUCUGCCAGCCCCUACCAGUACAGCUUCUCCAACGGGGACAUCUGGAGCCUGCACGCUGCCCCCGACAGCAGCCCCGGGCACGCGCUGCCCUACGGCAGCCCCGGGCUGGCCGAGGCCGCGCCCUUCUGGGGCGCCUACAAGGAGCACAACCACCAGACGCUGUCGGAACUGAAGCGGCAGCGAGCUGCAGCCAAGCUCCUGCAGCACCCCUUCCUCAGCACCCACUUCAGCACCGGCAUGGCAGCGGUGGCUGAGGGCGUGGGCGAGGCCAAGUCGCACUUAAUCGAAUCCAGGACUUCUCCCUACAGCUCCAACGGGACCUCGGUGUACUACACAGUGUCCAGUGGCGAUCCGCCCCUCCUGAAAUUCAAAGCUCCCAUGGAGGAAAUGGAAGAGAAGGUGCACGGGUGCUGCAGGAUUUCCUAGUCUGCUCUGUGUCUCACCCCAGAGGAAAUGAGACGUGGGUGGGCUGUUGGAUCUAUCACAGUGGCCAGGUUGUUUGUAUUCCAAAGGGAGAAUUUGGUUAUGGACACCCUGACUGUGGCAGCCUUGUUCAUCUCAAAUUGUACUUUACCCUGCCAAUUACUUCCAAUGCAGCUGGAUGAGUAGUGCAGGUGGAGCAAGGCUCUUAGGAGAGGAAGGGAUGCACAUCAACACGAUGUCAGAAGAGUCUCCUUAGUCUUGCUCCCUGGGGAAGAAGGUAUGGUGUGCUGCCUCCCAUCCUUGGGAAGUCAUGAGAUGCCUUGGAACAAAGAAAGGAUCUGAAUUCAAAUCUUAGUUUCUGAGCCUCUUGCUGUAAGUCACCGAGCAGCUGGAAGGUGACAGUUCAGACCUGUGUUUUCACUCUUAGGUGAUGCACACAUCUUGGAGGGGGGGUCAGCCCCCAUGGGAGGUUUGCAAGAGUGGACAGAGCUGUUUUCCACACAGCUGCAUCCAGCACUUCCCGGGCUGGAGCAACAAAGCAAGCAGAGGUGCUGCACUUAGGAAGUUUGCAAGGUGUUACCUCCUUGCAGUGACAGCUCACCAUCACAAACUGUGCACUGGCUGGGUCCUGUUCUGCUCGUGUCACCUCGUCACUGCAGACUGCCAUCAGGUUUGAAGCAGAACUUUUCCUGGAACAGGCUUCACUCAAUAGGCUUUAAAAGUGAUGUUGCAAUAAAGGGGCCCUGGCAAUAGAAUUUUACUGCAAUAAAAUACUGACAAAGGUCUAUAUUGGGAUAAGUAAUUUAAAAAAACUUAUUUGUACUAUUUAGACUCUUAAUUUGUUAAAACUGAAAAGACUUUUGUUGAUCUCACUUUCCUACUGAUUCUGUUUGUUUACUCUGUAUGCUCAACACAGAUACUAGGGGCAAUAUGCUUUGUGUUCUGAUUUUUUCUGGAUUUCCAGAACCACAGGGCUCAGGAGGGAUGGGAAGGAAAGGCUUGCCAACACUAACUAGGAGCACCAUGAAAGCAUUUCUAAUCCCAUAGAUGUGACAACACUUGCAUUAACCUGCAGUCUUUGGCUGAGAAAUAACUUUAACCAUUGCUGUGGUAGUUGAACACUGCAGCAGGACAGGAGAUGUUUUGUUCUGUUUUCCAGAAGCUGUCAGCAGUGGGUAGCAGCUGGCAGAGGAAUGUUUAAAUGCCUGUGUCUGUGGGAGUUGCCUGACACCAUCAGAACUUAACAAAGGCUCUGUGCUGUGGAGCAGCUGCAGCUCCAGCACUGUGUCUUGGUGUAGUUCAUGUGAGCUCUGACAGCCCACCUGGCAAACACUGGCACGGGGUAACCUGGGCCUUUGGCACUGGCUUUGCAGCAAGUUCAGGCUUUGUGUACCUGGGGAGGUGAAAGGAGAGUGGGACAGCUCUGAGGAACUGGCCACACUUCAGUUGUAUCUGAGAACUGUAAACUUUAACUCCUCUGCACAGAGGGGCUGUCACACACAGAACUGUUUGCCUGCAUGAAUAUGUGUCUUCUUGGGCAGCUUAAAUUCCAAACUCUGAAGACAUAAACCUGUUUGGGUCUCUGUAAGCCAUCAGUGAAUUAAAUCCAGCUCAUGUAGUUGUGCUUCAGCCAAGCUACAGCAAAUGCAGCUUCCACCCAUCUUCCUUUUACCUGGCACCUCUUAGACAUCAGUAUUCCCUUCACAUGUCCUCUUCCUCUGUGGGGAUCCUCACAGCCUUAACUUUUUUCUAGGCUAUAAAAAGUGGUCUAAGGCUGCCAGUGACUGUUAAGUGCUACCCUCUGCCCCCCAUCAAAUCCACCUCUUGCUGGGGCUGGAUACAUUCCCAUACAGGGCUGACAAUUUAAUGGUUUGAUUCUCUUUCCUCACCAGUUUUAGGUGCAGUUGAUCUGGUUCACUUAAAACCCCAGUUCUGCUAAAGGCAGAGUUUGAAGCAUUCAGAGAAGUUGGCCUCCCUCCAUUGUUGAAACUUAUGCUAAUUAUAAGACUGGAAAAUACUUCUUGUGCUUGACCUUAAGGGAUUUUUAAAGUCAUUCUCUAGUAGUAAGAGGAUGAUUUGGUAACUGGAAAGACUUUACUGCAUCUGUGUGUGGUUAACAGUGGAUCUUCUGAUUACCUUAAGUAAAUUAUUCUGGGAUAACACCAAGUGUGGCCUGGCUGUUACAGAACAGGGGAGAUGAUCUUUCAGGUGCCUCUCUUCCCCCAUGGUGGUGAGGUUUGUCUCUUCACAUCCACCCUAAUGAGUUUUCUGAACUCACUCUAACCAAUUUUGGUGCCGCUAUCUACUAGGUUGUAUAUGGUGCAAAAUUUGGGCCCAGAUGUUGCCUUCCCUCCCAGCAAAGGAGGAGUAGGGCCCUUUUCCUUCUCAGAGCAACUUUGUGUGCUAGCAAGUGUAUUGAUCUCUGCCUAAUUCCAAGGAAAUGAAAGGAAGAUCACUGAAUGCAAUAGUGUAAAGUAGUUUAAGGCUUGCUUUCACUGAGAGCUGUUAAUACAUCAAAACUGCAGGAAACCAGUCCAUUUCAGACAAACAGCUUUUUGGCUUCCAUUGGUAUUUCACAUAAGUAAAACUCUGGGAACUCAUCAUCCUAGCUGUGAAGUCUAGUGGUGUCUGAUCAAUUGUAAUCCAUUCUUAAUCAGACAAGAAAGUUAUUAAUGGUAAGAGGCAGGAAUGGAUAAAUCUUGCAGGAUAUGUUUCACAGCCCUGCCAAGUAUUUACCUACCACUGGCUUUGGGCUGAAGUUGCACCAGGGUGUGAGCUGGAAGGCUGCAGAAGAAUGGCCUGGAAUGGAUUCAUGCUUCUGUGUGGUGACAUUUGAGAUGUAAUGGUCACUGCCUGUGGAGCACUGGCAGAGCUGUUAAUUGUAGGUCUGGGAUGAGGAAUUCUGUAAGAUGGAUAAUUAACCUGCUUCUGGUGAACUAUUUUGUGGAGAAUAACAGGCUUUUGGGGGAAUAAAAAACACAUGGAUUCUCUUACACAGGCAUUGUAGCAGCCUACCUCUAGGAAUAACAUUUCUCACUGUAAAAUUUAGCAGUGUUACAACAAUAAUGGGGUUUUGAUAUCUGCAUGUUUUAAAGACCAUCCCAGAAAACUCCCAGGUCCAGAGCAGAGGGCACUUGGAACCUAGAAAUCAUGUUGUGACUGGCAUAUCUUCAUUUAUUAGAGGAGCAUUUGAGGUUUUUAUGAUUUACUGAAUGGUUUUGAGAUCAAUAAAUAUCUAAUUAUAGAUUCAAGGCCAGAUUAGAGUCCCAGUUCAAUUACCAGUGAGCCAAAGGUUGUAGUUGUUCACAGAGACUGCAAAGAUCUGGAAUGUGAAUGUACUGACAAGUCUAUUGCAGGCAGAGGUGCAUGAGAAUAACCCUUCCUUCUCCUCAAAAAAUUUCCCUGUGUGCUGGAUUUGUACUGUUUCUAGCAAACUAAGUGGUUGAUGAGAGCAGCUUUACAUUCCAUGUUGAAAGAAUUUUGUUAGAUAGAGAAAAAGGUGUCUUUGAAAACAAUGUCUCUACUUUAGUGAGCUCAGCCAAGGAAGCCCCAGUGCUGAAAUGUUAGAUAAGGGCUUAAAUCCCAUUGCUGGGAUCUGUUUGAAGUCAGACCUGGACCUGUGUUUCACACACCACACAGUGUGAUUUCAGCCCACCUAAUUUCACUUCUUUGGUGCUUCUGAAUUUUAAAACCCUCCCAGUUCUGAUGUGAUUCUGUGCCACCUGGAUGAGGAACUCAUGGUAGGGAAGAAGAGCAUGGCAGGGCAAUAGCAAUAAUGACUCAGUGCAAUACUCAGUGGAGGCAGAGAGUUCUUGAGUUUAUUGAGCAGGGUCUUCCUUCAUGGGGUUGAAAUCCCUUAAAAGCUCCCAAAUGGCAUUGCAACUUCUGUCUAGUGUCCUUUUUUUCCUUGGAGCUCUGAUUACUCACAUCAUCCCUGCUGAAACUGAGUCAGUAACCAUGGAAAAGGAAAUAUCCUGAGAAGGCAAUAGCACUGGUCUCCAGUGAGUCAUGGAUGAAAUAAUGUCUGUCUGCUGGAAGGUUUCUCCCUACACCUGGGUUAUUUCUGUGCCUUAUACUUGCUAAAGGUAACUUGUCUCUGGAAGGUUUGUGGUGACUAUACAGUUCUUGCUGAUCUUUAACUUGGAGAGUUUUGCAAGGGGAUAACAGUUCAGAGUUCAGAGCGUGCCAGAUUUUGACAUUAUUAUUUGCUCUCUUGAUUUCUCUGAUGAUCACCACUUCUCUCUUCCUAAAUACGCAGAAAGGAAUUGCACAGGGGCUUCCCUGUAUUUUAACAAAUCACAUUGACUAAUGUGUCAGUUCUCUACAGGCAGAAUCCAGAACACUUGCAGCAGCAAGGUCUCACCUCUUACACCAGAACACAUUUACAUUUUUUGUUUUCUUUUGCCCGUGGCUGUGCAACAGAACAGUUCUCUCUUUACUGUGUUCAUGUUGGCCAAACUGCUAAUGGACUUCUCAGUUCCCUCACACAAUUCGAGUACCACUGGGCUCUGCAGGCAACAUCUGCCAUGGCACAAUUAUGACCUAGAAUAUUUUGCUGUAUUUCAACCAUGGAAGCUGUAGUAGAGGAGACUCUGCUCGAGUUACCUGUUCCCAAAGCUACACCAAUGCAAUGAUCUCCACCCACAGCUGGAGGGAGAUACGGGUUUUUAAACAGUGCAGAUGCAGCCUUAGUAUUGCCACCACUAUGUCUUCAGCCUUUAGAUUGCAGUGAGAGGUUGCAGGAGGGUGGAUUACCCUGGUAAAGGCAGGACUGCUGCAUGUACAGGACAGUAAGAAAUAAUGGCAAGCCUUCUGCAAUAACUCGUAAUUCCACUGAUCAGUAGUAAAUGAUGUACAAAUAAAACUUGAUGAAAUGUAUUUUAUGUGAAGAAAAAAAAUAAUGCAAGAACUGUAUAUUGUAUUAGCAGCUUUGUGUAUAAAAUGGCAUUUUGGCAAUCAGAGUCUAAUAUAUUUAAAACUUUUUUUAAAAAAAGGAUAUUUGAUAUUGUAUGGAAUUGACUUUAUUGCUACUGUAAGUAUGAAGAUGGUUUCUUAACAUGUUGAAGCAAUGCAUAAAAUCUUAAACUUUAUGUAAAACUCAUGCCAAAAGCGUGUUUGACAGUAUUAGCACCUGACUCAGUGUCUUUAAUAGAGAGAUUGAAUUUUUUAAUUUAAAAAUUAUAUUAAAUUUCUUUUAAUAAUACAAA